AUGAAAAGAAUUGCUAGUGCCAGAGAGAGGUUAGCCUCUCCCUGGCUCAAUCGCCCGCGAAGGAGCUCUCCAGAGUCGUCUACUUGGAACUGCCCUUCUCAGCGACGCAGUGUCCUUCAUCGCACCGGGCACACGAGGCACAUCUCCUCCAAAAGAUCCUCCCAAGCUCAGCAUCUUGAGAGAUCGAUUCCCUCCACCAAGCUCGAAAUUCCCCGAUAUGAUGUUCGUCAACAGUCACAUUCAACACAAGACCACCCCACGCCCGAUCUGCCGACACAAUCGCCAGCGCUCGGUGCAAUGGCACAACCAGCAGCAGUAGCUAAUACGACGCUGCCAGUCUGGGAUCAUCCAGAGCAAGAGGCAGAGUACGCGGGCCACUUCUAUCGCGUUCUUGAAGAUGGUCAGCCGGACCAAGUGAUGAUAGCCAUGACUGACCCACGGUCGGCGGGGCUGGUCGGGUCGCUACCCCAGACAACUUUCUUGGAGGCGCUCCACCGACUCUCCCCGACCCAUUUUGUGGAACCCUUUCGCGACAUCCACCACCCCUUGCAUUCCUGGUCGGUCCUCCUCAGUGGUGUGAAGCGAGUAGAGGAAUACUUUGAUGAUUUUGUGCGAAACUUGCUCACCAUAGUGCGCUUUCGAACGGCCGCGGGCCAACCGUUGCAGCUGGGUGAAUACACCCAUCUGCUAAAAUGCGCGCGAUCGAUGGGCAAUUUCCCUCUCGCGAAGCAAUUGUGGGAGUCUAUGGAGGACAACAGGAUAGCCCCAGACACAACAUGCUACAACUACUACAUGGAAGUGCAGGUCUGGGACCAUUGCUAUACCGGACCGGAGGCGUAUCGCCUACGAAUACUGCCGCAUCAUUACCGGAAGCGAAAAUACGAAGGUGAGCAACGGGCCGUGGGCUGGCAGGGCUUUGGUACAGCGAGGAUGAGUGUUCGGGCGUCUGUCAUGAGGCUGUUUCAGACCAUGCUGGAUGAUGGAAAUCUAGCCGAUGAGCGCACCUACAUCAACUUGCUCAUCGCAUCAGCUCGCGUGGGCCACAACAAGGGGAUGAGAUAUAUUCUCAAGACAGUCUGGAACAUAGAUCUCGACGCGAUGAAGGCGCAAAGCGUACCCGACGAUGCAAGUUUACCCCCGGCCACGCCUUACGACCCAUGGUCCGCCCUCUAUCCAACUGAGAACCUCCUUUUCGCGGUCGCUCACGCACUGGGUACGAAUAACGAUAUCUCGGGGGCAGUGCGCGUGGUCCAGUUUAUCUCGUCUUCCUACAAUAUUCCCAUCCCAGGAAAAGUGUGGCUCGAAUUGCUCGAGCGAGCCUACGUGUUGAGCAGAGCGAGAACCUCGAAGGGCGAACGCACAAUACAGGCAAAUGCCCUCGGCCAAGUAUCUGUGGACUUGGUGAGAUCGAUGUUCGACACCAUGACUUCUUCGCCAGUCAAUGUCACCCCGACCCUCCAGACCUGGCGCUUCAUGAUGAAUCUCAGUAUCGACUGCGGCAGCUUAGAAGAUUGUAAAGCGCAUCUUCGAGGCGCCUAUGGUCUCUUGCGGGAUACUAGAGAGAAGGAAAGGGAGGCACGGAAGGUGGUGCUGAGAUGUCUGCAGCCUGCCCUCGAUACUGCCGAGAAACAGAUCCAGAACGGCGCUAUUCAGCCCGAUCCAAUACUUUUCCAGUCUCCCCUGCUCGCACAGGCAGUUCAGGAAUACGACAUCCUCAGGCUCCAAGUAUAUCAGCAGACCUACCUUCUCAAUCGUUGUCUGUGGGUCGCAGCCCGAGUUCAUCACUGGCAAGACACACCGGACAAAAUAUGGUUUCUACAAGAGCGACCGAAGAUGCUGGAAGAGUGGCAAGACUUCGUACCCCAGGUUAGAAGAAUAUUCUACGACGACAAUACGGGGCACAUGGAUACAAAGGGCGAAACCCGGUUCCGGUCCCGUCACUGGGUCAGUGACGCCGACAUCAUCCCGGUCCGACGGAUGACUGACCAGAAAGAGCUGUUCUUUCCCACGGAAGAGCGUGUCCUUUCUGAGAAAGCUGUAUGGUCGCGGAUCAAGGAGCGAUACCCGUAUCUAGACACGGAGUUGGCUCCCCUGAACAGACUCUUCCACUUUGAGAAACCACGGACCCCAGAAUUCGAGAAGAACCUGGAGAAAUUUCGCUCUAGCUGGGUGGAAUAUCCCGAAUCGUCAGCUUUGUCGACCAAGAACAAUCCAAAUGCUGGUUUCUAUGGUCGUCUGGCUGCGUUAGGCAUGCUGAAGACGAGGGAACGAGGCAUCUAUCUCCUUGAUGAUGGAGUCUGGGUUUGA